CGAAGAAGAAAACGAGUUGCAUGUGUAUGUAGCUUAGCAUGCCGGUGCUAUUGUAAACAGGAUCUUAUUUCUGCGAGUAAUCUGCUAAAUAUAAUGAUAAAUAUAAAUACUUGUACAUAGUUAAUACAUAAAGGUCAACCAUGGCGGUCCGGUUUAUGUAUAGAAUUCAGGAUUUUAUCACAGAUGUGUGCAGGAGGAGUGGAAACAGUCAGAGCAUGGCAUCACCACCAACAACGUUUGACACGACAAUACAGGCCAGCUGGAUGGAUAGGAUGGACAGGGGACUCCUCCGCUACCACUUGGGUGAUCUACAAACUCGUAUCCUGCCUGGUCCACAUGGUUAUGUGGCCCAGCUAAAUAUUCAAAGAGGAACAGAGCGUCGAAAGCCUCAGGAGAUUCUGAGCAUCCAGCAGCCGUUCAAUGCCAAGCAGUUUAAUUUCAACAAAAUCAAUCCAGAUGAAAUCAUAUUUGAGAUGAUGAAGGAUACACAGGGAGGCACUAUGGUGUGUGAAAAGGGAUGUCUGAAUACACCGUGCAAAAUGACAGUGCUAGUUAAUGUCAGCCCUUUGGAGUUUGGACAUUGCCUCUUUGUUCCUGACCCCUCACACUGUUUUCCACAAGUCCUAACCAGGUUUGCCAUCCAGGUUGGUAUAGAAUCUGUUUUCCUUAGCUCUGAUCCUGGAUUUCGAGUGGGCUUCAAUAGCCUUGGAGCCUUUGCAUCUGUCAAUCAUCUACAUCUCCAUGGGUACUAUCUAGACCAUGAGCUCAAGUUGGAGUCUGUGCCUGUCAAACCACUGGUUCUUGCAAAGCACUUUUAUCGUGUGAUGGACUUCCCUGCAGGCUUUUUGUUUUACACAGAGCCAGAGUCAGUGGAGAAAGUUGCCAAAGCCAUCUGUGAAGUAACAGACUUUCUUGUAGAACGUGAUAUUGCUCACAACCUGUUUUUAACCAGAGGAUGUUCACCCUGUGAUCACAUACAGAGUGAAGAAGAUGCCAGUUUGAGGAAAGGAGUUCGUAUCGUUGUGUGGCCCAGAAAGUCCUGCUUUGGUGCAAAAGAGGAAUCUGCUUUUAAUGUUGCUCUUUGUGAGCUGGCAGGGCAUUUGCCAUUUAAGAACAAGGCAGACUAUGAGCGCACUACUGAGAAAGAUGUCAUGGAUGUCAUUCAAAGGUAUCUUCUUCCCAAAGAAGAUUUUCUCAGGUUGGAACAGGAGCUUUCUCAUCAUUUAAUGGAUUUAUGAACCUGGACAGUUCCAUAUUAAAUGUGCUGGAGUUAAAAGUUAACUGUAUUUCAAUGCACACAAAGACAAUUACGUAGUACUGUAUUGCCACACCUAAUCAGGCACCUGACUUAGAUUUAGAAUUGGAUGUGUAUGUAGAUAUUAAUCGAUACUAUGUAUUGUAUUGAUUUUCACAGCCUUCACCCAAAAGUGAGAUGGACAGGAAUACAUAGAUAUAUAUCAAUAGUUAUUUUUUUUAUCAAUGAAGAGUUGUUUGAAAUUAAGGAAUGUGUUAAAGCAAAACUGAAACACAGAAUUGUUUUGAUUUUUAUUUAAUUCCCAUCUCAGUUGUGUCUGUGAUUUUAGAAGUAACAUUACUAUGCUAAUGUUUGAAUACUAAUACUAAAUUUCAGUGCUCUGAGAUUGUCUACUUAGUGUACGCUCACGUGCCUUUUUUUUUUCUUACACCUGUGCUCUUUAUGCUAAACACAUAAAAAGUGACCACUGUAAACACUGUUAUGUAACAUCUAAACAUUAAUACUUAGGGAACACCGAGGUACACGUGUAGUAGUUAGUGUUUACUCAAUGACAACACCUGUAACAUGAGGUAUAGGUGGAACAGUUGAGGAUGAGUGACAUUUACAGUCAGAUGUCAUGUAGAAAAGACAAACAGGACCAUUCAAGAGAACACACGUGUAAAUCUCCCAUGACAUUAACUACAGUUUUGCGUGACAUUAAGCAAGACUCUAUAAAUAUUUUUUUUAAAAAAACAUGUUGCUGUACGCAGCCAAAGUCAAUACUGUGUGUUGUUUUAUAUUUCUGCUGUUUGAUUUGUUAGUGUGACUUCAUCAAGAGACUGAACCUCAAGUCCUUCAAUGACUGAUGUAUACUUAUUUAAUGUGACGCAGUAUUUGUAGUGAUAGUUGUUGUUUUUGCCUCUCACAUGUUCCAGGUGAUUCUAGUUAUUCUAGCUGUUUUGGCAGUGAUAUGCAACUCCAUCUUGAAAAGUAUGCCACAUGUUAAUAACACCAAACAAAAACAUUUAUGGUUAUUCCAUGACAAAAUA